AUGGAUUUUUCGGUGGAGGCACAAUCAUUGAAAAAUCUCCAACGCAAUACUGCCCCACGAGGACCUUGGCAAGGCACGGUCUUUGGACGCGGCGUUUAUUUCGCUAGAGACGCUCAAUACUCUGUUGGAUUCGCUGGGGAUGGUAGUUAUGGAAGUCGCCACAUGUACCUUGCCAAGGUCCUCGUGGGGCAGUAUUGUGUUGGAGAUUCUUCAAUGGUUGUGCCUCCACCGAAAAAUCCAUCGAAACCUGAAAUUCUUUACGAUUCUGUGACGCUAAGGGCAAUCGUUCAAAAGUGUCUGCAAACAGGCGAAACGCUUGGAGCGAACUCCAUUGCAUUUCCUGUCAUUGGGACUGGAAACCUACACUUCCCACGCGAUGCAGCCUCGAGAAUCAUGUUGGAUGAAACAGUCAAUUUCUGCAAAACCAACCCUGGUUCUAAUUUACGGGACAUCCGAUUUGUCGUGUUUAACCAAGAUCAAGCAUUAACUGCUGCCUUCAAACAAGAGAUGGACAAACUACAGCCCAAGCAAACUAGCCUCCCUGCCUUCACGACUUUUACUAGAGGAAUACGUUCCUUCUUUGGAUGGAAGAAAACAGUGGGGACAUUGGGUGUAAGCAUUGAAGUCUUGCAGGGCGACUUGUGCCGGGAAACUACGGAUGCCAUAGUGAAUAUAACAAGUAAGGACUUGAAUAUGGACAGUGCUGGAAAGUUGAGCGAGACAGUGAAACAGCUAGCCGGGCCACAGGUUGAGACUGAGUUGAAGCAGUUCGGACAGCAAUCAGGUGGAACCGCAUUGAUCACCAGCAGUGGAAAUCUCCCUACGCAGAAAAUUAUUCACUUAAUUCCAGACACCAAUAAUAAAGACCACCUCCAGCAGUGUGUUGAAAGAUGUCUCCGGCUGGCAGAGACGCAUAGUCUUGGAUCCAUUUCGAUUCCCGCAGUUGGUACCGGUGCAUUCCAUGUUUCUGCAGUGGACUCGGCCAGUCUGAUAUUUAAGGCCCUGACAAACUUUAGUGGAAGCUUCCGUAGUGUCCGCAAGGUCAGGAUCGUAAUCUUCGAGUCUCCAAUGUUGUCGGCAUUUCAGCAAGAACAUCAGAGGCACUCGUUUUCUCCACAAGUAGGUGUGGCUCAGCGCAUAACCUUAACUAGCCCGUUCAGUAUCGAGGUGAUAAAUGGUGAUUUGACGCAAGAGAACAGCACUGACGCUAUCAUGAAUAUCAACAGCACGGACAUGAACAUGAAUAAUGCCGGAGACCUAAGCAAAGCCAUAGCAAGACAGAGUGGUCCACUUGUGCAACAAGAAUGCAACCAAUUGGGAAAGCAGCCUCCUGGAACAGCGAUAAUGACAAGCGGAGGUAAUUUACAAGUACCUCAUAUUAUUCACAUAAUUCCAGGCUCCUCAGAUAAGCAACAUCUCCAGCAAUGUUUGGAGGAGGGUCUUCGCGUUGCGGACGCCAAUAACUUUCAAGCUAUCUCAAUUCCGUGUGUUGGCGCAGGAGGAUACGGCUUGACCGGAGCGGACUCAGCACAGCUGACAUUCAAAGCACUAAAUGCAUUCAGUGCCCGCUGUAAAAAUAUUCAAAAAGUAAGAGUGCUUGUGUUCCAGGCCUCCAUGAUGCAGGAGUUUCUACAAGAGCAGAAGAAACAACUGGUGCAAGGUAUUGAAGAAGACAGUGACUCAGAGAAUGCAGUAGCCAGGCAAACCCGAAGACGCGGACGUAGGCAGGCACCAGGCCAAAGUGAUGAACAUUCUGUAAGAAUUUUUGUGAUUGGCAAAGACAAGGCGAGCGUGGGAAAAGCCGUGGAAUCCUUGAAGAAAGGUUUCUCUGACGCUUGUACAAUGGAAAAAGUCGAAACUGACGUCGUCAGUCAGCUUUUCGAUAAGCAGAAGGAUAUCUUGAGAAAAAAAGCUAAAGACCGUGACGUCAAACUUGAAAUUGAGGAUGACGUUGAUCGCAUUGUCGUUCGUGGUGGACCAACCGAAGUUUCUGGAAUAGUCGGGGAGAUCUGGAAAGAGAUCAAUGAGAGGACGAAGAAGAAGCAGGAGGAAGAACAAGCGAAGUUGGUUUCAAAGAACAUAGAGUGGAGCUAUGAAAUACAAGGCAUACAAAUGGCGUUCGCUCCGAAAGCAAAUGCCAGGAUUGAGUUGGCCCACAGCAAAGACGAGCACACAGUGCAAGUUUCUCUACGAGGAGACAAGUUUGUCAUCGACUUGAAGAGAAACUCUGGACGUGGACAAACGUCUGGUGAACAAAUAACACUGAAAAGAAAGGUGAAGGGUGCUGAUGAAGGAAUUGCUCUGCCAAAGCACUGGACACCAAUGCCCAGCCAUGACUCCACUGUACAUAAAGUACCAUUGCACCCAAGCUCCCCUGAGUAUCAAGAUGUGGUACGUAAGUUUCAAGCCACAGCCGGAGCGUUAAAUAUUCAGAGGAUUGAACGCGUACAGAAUCCUCAUCUAUAUCAGUCUUACAUGGUACGAAAACAGAAAAUGGAUAAAGAUGCGGGAGGAAAUAGUGAAAGACAGCUGUUUCAUGGGACGGAUGCUAAAAAUAUCAACCAUAUCAACACACAUGGAUUCGACAGAAACUUCUGUGGGAGUCGUGGCACGGCCUAUGGACGUGGUGUUUAUUUCGCUAGAGACGCUCAAUACUCUGUUGCAUGCGCUGGGGGUGGUGGAGGGCGCCAAAUGUACUUUGCCAAGGUCCUCGUGGGGCAGUAUUGUGUUGGAGAUCCUUCAAUGAUUGUGCCUCCACCAAAAAAUCCAUCGAAACCUGAAAUUCUUUACGAUUCCGUGGUUGAUAACCAAUCAAACCCCAGCAUCUUUGUUGUUUUCUUUGAUAAUCAGUGUUACCCUGAAUACCUUAUAACCUUUUGAAGACCACAAGGACCUUUUCCUCAGAAAACGGCAGAGUUGAAAUGCUUUAUAGUUCAACUUAGUUUAUUAGAUAUAUAAACUGCACGAAAUUGUUCUCCUUCACAGUGUAGGGAACAUCAUAUAAAUGUUGGUAAUAGUUCCUCGAUAGCAUUCUUUACCGUCUUUACUCAAAGCUCAUUCUUCAUCCUCUAAAUUGAAUGAUCAUGUCCCAGUGGUUAGAAAGUUAUUGUAAUGAUGCCAAACAAAGUAAAAUCCAGCUUAACGAGUCUUAUCACUACAGUCCAGGUACCACCAAGAGGCUAGUGGUAACAGCAUCCAUAUCAAUACACAACGAUUCAACAGGUGCUUCCCUGGAGUUCAUGGUGGGUCUGUUGCUGAAGCCGUCUUUUGUUAGAUUGAUAGUUUUCGGCUUAACAUUCCAUCCACUUACGUCUCGGAUACUUGGAUUGUUCUAACUAUGGUUUAAAUAGUCAAAUAGCUAUGGUUUCAUGGUUUAGAAUGCAUCUUUGUUUUCUUCAGGCGUGGUCUAUGGACGUGGUGUCUACUUUGCCAGAGGCGCUGCAUACCCAAUUUGUUACGCUUCGCGUGAUGUUUCUGCAAGACGCCAAAAAAAAAAAUUCGUGUCAUUGGCACUUAAAAACCAAGAUCUUUACUUUAAUACUGAGUUAAAAAAGAAAUGUCCUCGUUUCAGUUCGACAACAUUGAACAUAUAGAAGAAAUGUGAGGAACAUUCUGCCUUUCAAGGCAGACUCGAUAAAAUUGACCCCUUACUCAGGUUAGGUUAUAAUUUCUGAUACACAGAUGAAACAUUUUCUAAAAUGGCUCUCAUAGGGGCCAUGACUUCAUACUUCCAAGAAUUAAAAUUUAACGUUUUAAACGAGGUUUUGUAUAUAUAUAAAAGUCUUUAGGGUUAUUUUUUAAUGUACUCCUUUUUCCCCAUCUCGUUUGUUUGGUAUUCUAGUAACUAUGUGACUGGCUGUUAAUUUUUAGUAACGCGCACGUUGUCUCAUUCUUUAAUGAAGACUUUCACUUACUUUUAUGGUGUAGAAGAUUCACCAGGUAGGGAAUCUAUUUGAGAUAUUAAAAAACUGGUUCGCGCUAAGAGGGUAGUCAAAAGCAUUGUGUAACUGCAACUGGUAUUAAAAUAAAGGAAUAGCGAAAAACUGA